AUGGCAGGAACAGUCCUAGGAAAGCGCACUCGUGCUGCUGUGGACUCAGCAUUGCCGGUCCGAUCCGCGAGCAAGCGCCGAACCGUUACUCCCCGAGUUCACCAACUAGAUGCCGUUCCAACCCCGUUACGACGAACAAGGUCAACUGUAAAGAAGACAGUCGAGCAACCCGACCAAGAAAAUGGCGAGAGCAAGACAGUGUCGGAGAAUGUUGCUUCUAAACAUAUUUUGCGUGAUGAUCAGUUCAAAUCUCCGGUCAAGAUCAAUUCGCAUUUCACCGUCUCGAAGCCAGUGGAAGAAGAAAUUACGAAACCUAUCGAGUUGGAAUUUAAGACACCUUCCAAAUCGCGAUUCCGGGAUGAUCUACCGCAAUCUCCCAUCACCCCCAGACAUCGAGUGCAGGUCGGCGCAAAGGCUGUAACCCCGCGCACCCCCCGCCAUGCCGACCUUCCCCCGACUCCCAGACAGAGUGCCACUCCGAAAAUUGCCAACUCGGUGUAUUCGCAAGCUAGACAACUGUUCGCACGAGGCUCCAACUCAGGACGCUUAGUGGGACGCGAUGCAGAGCGGGAAAAGUUGGUAUCUUUUAUCACAGAAGGAGUGGAGUCUCGGAAAGGAGGGUGUCUCUAUAUCAGCGGUCCCCCGGGAACCGGAAAGAGUGCCAUGGUCCAGGAAGUGUGUGCAGAUCUCGACCUUUCUAAAGUGAAAGUCUCGCAUGUGAACUGCGCAAGCAUGCGAAUCUCUCGCGAUGUCUACAGCAGACUCAUCCAAGAUUUCUGCCAAGACUCGGAUAUGUUCAAGAAGAGCGAGGGAGAGCGCCUCAAAUCUACGUUCAUUCCGUCUAAGAAAGGGGAAGAUAUGUUCCUGGUCACUUUGGACGAAAUUGACCAUCUCCUCAAUGGUGAUUCAGGGGUUUUGCAGUCACUUUUCGAGUGGUCAUUGCAAAGCAAGUCUAAGCUGAUGCUGAUUGGCAUCGCUAAUGCCCUUGAUUUGACCGACCGAUCUCUCCCACAGUUAAAGGCGAAGAACCUAAAGCCCCGCUUGCUGCCGUUCUUGCCGUACAGUGCUGCAUCUAUCGCAAAUGUUAUGACCAAUCGUCUUCGCUCAUUGCUCCCUGCUGGGACAGAAUCUGACCCAAAGCUUGUUCCCUUUGUUCAACCGGCCGCCAUCCAACUUUGCUCCAAGAAGGUAGCCUCGCAGACAGGUGAUCUCCGCAAGGCCUUUGAAUUGAUCAAGCGGGCAAUCGACGUCAUUGAACAGGAAACAUUUCAAAAGUUGGAUAAGCAAGCUAAGGAGUCUGAGAAUAUUUCGAUAUUAGGGGAGAACACUAAUUUGUCUUCGCCUGCCAAAGGUGGCAGUGCUCAGAAGCCAGCCUCUAUGUCAAGCUACACGGUCAUCACGGCACCUAGAGCCAGCAUCGCCCACAUUGCUCGGAUCACAUCCGCAGCUUUCGGUCAAGGCACUGUUCAAAGACUUCAAAGUUUGAAUCUGCAACAAAAGGCUGCUAUCUGCUCUCUGAUUGCGCUUGAGCGCAAACGCCGCCAGUUGGAGGUCCCAAGCACGCCCUCCAAAUCGCGUACAUCGGCACCCACUAUCAAGCAAGCAUUUGAUACAUAUUGUGCUCUGUGUCGCAAUGACAACAUUCUGCACCCCUUGACUGCUACUGAGUUCAAAGAUGUUCUCAGCAAUUUGGAAACCAUGGGCUUGGUUGGAGAAUAUCAGGGUCGCGGCCGAGGCGGAACUGUUGCAGGUGGCACAGAUCUGCGCCGCACACCCUCAAAAUCGGGCCAUGCACCUUCGACUCCUCAUAAGGCCCUGGAUGAGCAAGGUCUUGUUUGCUUUGUUUCCCAGCAGGAAAUUGAGAGUCAGAUUGCUGGUCCCGGUGAAGGAAUCCUUCGGCGCCUUCUCCGUGGUGAUGGACUAUGA